ACACCUUGAGUUGCAGGCAAGUUAAUUAUAACAGUUACAUCAAUAUUCGGUGAAAGGCUUUAGAGAGCACUUUUCCUUUUCCUUUUUACAUAUAUAUUACCCUAUCCAAAUAUUUUACUGGCAACAAAUUUUAAUCAACAAUAAUAUGGUAAGGAUGCCUGCAGUUACUAAAGAUUUCAAUACUGACAUUUAGUUUCAAGCAUCUACAGAUUCAAAGGAAAAUAGUGGAAUGCCUAGCCCACUAGAGCAGCGAUGAUGAAAGAAGUGAUUGGUCUCUCCAAUUCUAUCCCCUGCUUGUAUUGGCUGGUGCUAUUGAUGAUUUCAUGAUCUAUUCCAUUACUGCCCGUAUAAUGCCUAAUCCAGAAGGAACAUUGUGAGAAACUAUAUGAAACGAAAGGAUAGUUGAAUACUCUGUUCUCUAAGAUGAUGACAAGGAAGCUAACGAAUUCAAUAAUGAGGGUUUGCUGAAGAUUUCGCUCUUGUUAAAAUUAAGGGGAGGUCGUACGGUAUCGCCUUGCUCACUCAUCCAUUGAGCUGAGUACGUUAUUUAACACCCAUGGGAAGACUGAAUUACCAAAAACUAGUUACAGUACUCAAACGCGAUCUUCACAUACUCAUCGUGGAGGUUCGAACACCCACAAGUUUGAUAAGGAUACUCAUCAGUAAGAUGUGCACCUGCAGUUAGAUGAUCUAUGUUUCAUGACCAUAUAUGUCACAGUUGAUCAAACAUCAACAGCGAACCCCCCAAUGUAUUAAAAUUCACGGCCAUAGCUCGAUGAAAGACUGCCUGAAGUUCACAAUAUCAAAAGCCUCGUCAUUGCAUAGUGCUAUUGAUUAUCACCAUCAGAGUGGACACCGUUGUAGGAGAACGCAUAUGAUCGGGCGACCCUUGAUAUGUUACAGAUCUAGGCGAUACGCCAUAUGAAAAGCCUUAUUAACCCAUCUAAACUCUUUUCAUUUUUUUACUGUUCAGGUCUGAUCGUUUGAUUGUUUCUUUAUUUUAUUGUCAACACAAUUCGACAGGAUAUGUACAAUGAUAGAUCUGCGAACGUAAGCCUUCAUGAAUAGGUCUUAUUUUUUCUAAAGCAAAAUAACAACUUAGUAAAAAGGGAUAAAUUACUUUAUGGGUUGCCAUUUGGAGGGAGAACCCUGAUAACCCCCUUUCUUCAUAACCAGGAACAAAAUUUAUUGAAGAAAAAGAGAAAAUUUCCGCAUAUUCCACCGCUCCAACAUUGCAUAUACAUAUGCAUGCGCCUUUGCUUGAUUGAUUACAUAACAAAAAUAGAUCGCUAUACAAUUUGAAUAAAUGGGGGUGUGAAAAGCGAAUUCAAAUUUUAGUGGUAUUAGAACUGUUUGAAAUACAGACAUAUGCAAGGGGUAUAGGUACAGGGAACUAUCAUCAGUACCUCUAUUUGCCUUUAUGUUUAACGGAAUCUCAUGGAGUCGAACAUCUAGAGGAACUAUUUUUCAAGAUGAGAAUAUCAUAGUUUAUUGAGAGAAAAAUUAAGAAAUAUAUAACGAUGCCAGGAA